CGUAAAAUGAAAUGCCAAAAAACAAUCGGCGAGUUUUGCUAGUGCUUUAUCAGAAUUUUCAGCAUUUUUCAGCGCAAUUUUUAUUUUGCAUUACAAUUUUCUAAAUCAAAUUGGAACAUAAACAAACUUUUUCUAGCAGUGCGGGUGUGAAGUGCAGAGCUAUAUAUAAUUUUCAAAUAUUGUCUGCAGAAUAUUUUUUGUGUUGAAUUAUUGAGCGCGUGUCAAAUAAAAGCAAUUAACAGCCGCAAGCAAUCGACGUUCUUUUGGUGACAUUAUUUUCAGUGAAUAAAGUUUUUGUAGUUAAUUAUAUGGCUGCUGUAGAAAUCUAUGCCAUCGUUACCUUUUAUAAAUAAUUACUUAUAAAACAAGUUCGAAGUGUUACAAACAGUUUAUAAACGCUUUUCGACCAUUGAUCGCCGGUUGUUAGCGCCAUCGAUUUUGCAACAGUCUCUCUAAGCCAAUAACAACAAAACAUAUGAAGAAAACAAUAAAUAUAUACAUAUAAAUAGUUUGUAGCGAAUAUGGGACAUUAAAUUGCUGAGUGUCAUUAUCACUUUAUUUGCAUCUGCUUAGUGUUUUACCAAAUCAUUCUAUCAAUUGUGUUUAUUGAUGUUUUCUGUAGUCAGCGGCAGCUUAAGUGGCGGUAGCGGUGUUGGUGAAGAGAAGCGUCUUGACGCAAUGAACGCUGUUUGUGUUUAUGUUUCUACAGCGCAACUAGUGUUGCAAUUUGAUACCACUGAUAGUAACGGUCUUGGUGAGCAACGCAUGCUUGACCUUAGCCGCCUGUUUGGGCAACUAAGACAACUGCUUUCUUGUGCUGUUUGUGCCCGCCUUCUAAAUGAUCCGUACGAGCCUUUGAAUAAUGCACGUUGCCAACACAAUGUGUGUCGAUUAUGUGUUCGUGGACGAAAAGCACUGCGCCCCUUAUGCAUCAAUUGCAAAGAUCUGCAGGAUUUUAAAACAUAUACUGAAAAUAAAACUAUGCGUUGCCUUCUGCUUUGUUAUAAAAGCCUGUGUGAGCAUUUAUUGUCUUCGAAUUUUUACACGCAUCUGAGCCGUCAAAAGGCUCACCAAGCGCUGACUUGUAGUGGAGAGAAUGUUUUCGGUGUUGCGCCAAUGCCACACAUGACUACUUGUGGGGAUAUUAUUCAGGAAGGUGCACGAUAUGAUGAUAUAUUAAACGCUUUUAAUGCUGAUUUACCACAAAUUGGGCCUACAAUUAAGUUACAAAAUACGCUUCUAACAAUACCAGCGGCAGUUACAAGUUUACCGAAUCAGUCAACACCAAGUGUUAGUGCUGUAACGCCGUUGGCACCUUUAUUAGUGCCUCAGAAAAGGGUUCAAACUCAUACCGCUCCCCGGCUAUCAACUUCUCCAAUAACACCCGCGGCGACAACGAGCAACUCCAUAACCUUGUUACCUACACACACUGCUAUCAUCAAACGGGAACAAACAAACAACCAAGGAAACUCUUCUACACCAAGCAAUGCCCACAUUCUAAUGACAUCGAAAGUUAAUGUGACAAACCAACAACAGCAGCAGCAACAGGCACACGGUCAAUCACAUAUGUUGUAUGUUCGGAAUAUAAAAACAAGCGCCAGUGAAUCUAAUAAUAUACAAACACCACAUUUAUGCGCUACCCAAUCAAUUGUGGGAACCAGCCAUAGUAGUAUUGCUUCACUGUCGGCGCCUCCCACGAUUACAUACGUUGGUCCAAACACACCCGGUAUUGUUGUGCCGAUUGUAUCUUCAUCCGCCACCACCACUGCACCUUUGACGAUAGCGUCAGCUAAGCUACAAUCGCUUAAACGUCAACUUGCCCAAGCGCAAGCACGCGGCGGUGCACCAAUCAGCAUAGCUUCAGCGGUAAAAGCAGCCGGCAUUACAAACUCGGAUACGAACGCGUCUGUUACUUUUAAAGUAUCUGCGGCAGGUAUAACCACGACCUCUUCUCUAAUCUCUUCGGCAAGCACAGGUGCAGUAGCGUCUCCCACAUCGGUUACCAGCGCAACUGCAACUACAACCACUGCCACUAUUACAUCACAACAAAUACGUAAUCCACCUUCCAUAAAAACGGUUUCCAAUGGUUCAGCCAUGUACUCUGUUUUAUACACCGGCGUCGGGAAUAAGAUUACUAUUAAAAGAAAAACAGACGGUGAUGAAGAAAAUGGGCAGAGGAAGACUGUUGCAACAGCAAACUCGCCUGUAUCAACAAGUACAUCAACACCACCGGCAAUUAGCAAUUCAGUAAUUACAACACAGCAACAAUCUCAGGCGAACAAAUUGAACGCGAAGCGAAGAGGUUGCAGAUGUGGCAAUGCUACCCCAACGCCUGGUAAACUGACUUGUUGCGGUCAACGUUGUCCCUGCUAUGUGGAUUCCAAGUCGUGCAUUGGUUGCAAAUGUCGUGGCUGCCGAAAUCCUCAUCGACCGGAUGGUGGUAAAGUGCGUCCUGUAAUACCAGAACUAGCAUGCUAUGAAAUUCAAGUGGCAGAUGAAACGCCAAGGUUGAGUCCAAGUGAGUUGCAAGUAGGCACGACAUUGUCCACACGUCCGCGCAACACUUCUACGGCAACAACAACAUCACCGCAACAACACCCAACGCAUCAACAGGCCAUAACAAUUGUUUCUGAGCAGCAAAGCACUUCAUCAACCGCAUUAUCGUCACCAUCACCAUCAAUAGCAACGGUAACCUCACAACUGCAUUUGACGCCGAACUCCUCAUCACCGUCUUCCAAAGGAGCAACGCUAAUACCAUUCAUUAGUUUGCAUCCCAUUUCAUCGCAGCAGCAGCAGCAACAACAACAAACGCAAACGGUCACCACCAUCAGUAGUAACCAACACCAAACCAAUAUGUUGCCUAUGGAAUCUGUUCUCAUACAAAAUGCUGAGGGUAAAUACCAAGUUGUAAAUGUCGUAACUACGGGACAAGCACACCACCAACACAGCAAUUCUAACAUCCAGCGCAUACAUAGUAUACCCCAACUGCAGGUAACUUCAUCCGCCAACGGCAGUAGUAACCAUAGUAACACUUUAUUGAGCAACUUGACAACAGUAAAUAUUCUAACCAACACAAGUACCAGCAACACAACAACAUCGCCGUCUACGGCAACUACUAAAAGCUCACACCAAAGUGUGCUGCUGCAACAACAGCCACACUUACAGCAGCACCGCGUACAACAACAGCAACAACAGAAGCAUCAUCAGCAACAAAUACACGGGCAACGGCUUGUUUCGUCGCAUUUAAUCACCACAUCCGCUAAUAAUAUGCCAACAUCUGUGACAAGUGGCAAAUGUGUAGCAGCCAAUUCGUUGCCGCUGCAACUACAACAUCAUCAUCAUCAACAACAGCAACAGCAGCAGUCACAAAUGCAUAAUAACACACAUACACAAAAUCAACAAGUAAAACAAAAUAUUGUAACAAUGCGCCCAGCAACGAUCAGCAACAACAAUAUGCACCAUACACAAACACUAACCCCAAUACUAUCCUCCUCUGCUACAACAAUAACGCUGUCACCAAUUAUUGUCUCCUCUUCACCUAACACCUUCAAAGCGGAAAUGUUUUCCGAUUCCAUGGAAUCAGAAUAUUUGAACUUCACCACAGGCGCUGUCACGUCAACGACCAUGGUGAAUAGUGGUAGUAAUAACACAAAUAUGUUAUCCACAAUUUAUAGCCACAGUGGUCUGUCGAAUGCGUCAACAAGCACCCGCAUAACGUCUGUGCCGUCACUGAGUAGCGGCAGUACGGGUAGUGGCAGUGGCAGCGCUAGUCGCAUGAGUCUGGGCAUGAAUAUGAAUAUCACCGGUGCGGGAUCACACAUAACACCCGCUUUAGUAGAAGUAAUUGAAGCAAGUGAUAUGUAGUUUGACAAUAAUAGGAAAGUGUAGGCAACUAACUCGGUGAGCGCCCUGAUUAUAGCAUAAAGAGUUAUGAUCUAAAGCAAGCUAAGUAUUAAUGAGUAAAACAGGUAACUUCAAGUGUAUCUUGUAUAAACUGACCAAAAAGUAGAAAAAUACUGGAAACUUUCUUAUAUACUUGAAAAUAUUAAAAGCUCAGGCAAAUCAAAAACUGGAAGCUACUAAAUUUUCAUAAAAUGUUUUUUUCUUUUUUGAAAUGAUGAAUGAAUGAAAUUUAUUUUUGCCAGCGUAUUUCGAAAUAUUUUUAUACGAAUUUCAUGCGCCGUUUUGCCUUAAAAACGGUUUCUUUAGUGCAAUUAUUUAUUAUGCGUAAAUAAAUCAAAAUUAACUCUUUAGUUAGAUUGUUGAAGGCUACUUUAUCAAUACGGCUAAAAUGUAUAUUUAGUACAAAACAUAUUUUUCAUUAGCUUCCCCAUUUCCAGUGAAAUGCAAAAGUGUCUUUUUCAACUCGCAUGAGUAUAAAAAAGAAUUAUUAAAAAAAAAUAUAUAUUAGAACAUUUAGUGCGCAGAGAUUUGGUUUGGUGGAACUUGGUCAAGACGCACACCACAAAUACUUUUAGUAUGCGCAACUAGGCCAAAGCUGUAAGCGAAAAACUAUAAUUAUAACAUGCAGUUGUUGUUGUUGUAUAUAUUUAUUUAUUAUUCUUAUUUUAAUCUUACACUAAUAUUUCAUAUUUGAAGUCUGAAUCUAGGCAAAUUUUUUAAUUUGUACUGUAUUGUUAGUAAUAGUUCAGCAAAAGUUGGGAAUUGGGUCAACAAAUAGCUUAAUAUUUUUGCCAAAAAAAAUACUCUUUAAUAAUUUAUUCACUUUAGGUUUCACACAUGCAAAAUUAGUUUAAAAACUUAUACAGAAAUUGCCAAAUCUCAGUUUAAAGCACUGCUAGAAUUAGUUUUUCAUUUUUAUUAUGUGUGUACAUAUAUAUUUUUACUUUUCAAAAGCAUUAUACUUGUUAUAAUGUGAGCUCCUAAAUCGUUUUGGGCUGCUUCCAACACCAGCUACGUGUCUGUAUUUUUGCCUAAUUUUAGGCAUUGCUUUAUGCUUGCAAACAAAACAUAAGCAAAUAGGCUAGUUGCAAUAUAUUUUAUAUAAAAUGAUGAUGAUAAUGUUGUUGUAUUAUAUACAUAUUUCUAUAUAUAUGUAUACAUAUAUAUAGGUAUGUAUAGUUUUCUAUUGAAUUAGUUCUAAAUGGUUUCGAACAAAUUGUAAAUUAAUUUGAAUUUUUUGAUUAUAAAUUAGCAUAGUUGUAAGUGUAGCGGUAAAAAAAAUUAUAGCAAGCAUAAUUAAUGUUAAAAUAAUUUGAAACUGUUUUAAGAAAACUUCAUUGUUUUAAUUGUGGAGUAUUUUUAAUACAUUUGUAGUAGGCAGCGGUAAUUUUAAAUUUGAAAGAAACUCGAAGCAUUUUUGAAAUGUUAAAAUUAAGUUAAAGGUGUAUUUAACUAAAUCUAUCACAGCAUUAAACACAAAGCACAUCCAUACACACACACAUGUAUACACAUUAAAAAAAAGAUAUUUAUAUAUGUAGGAAUAAAUGCAUACAAUAUACAUAUUAAUUAGUAUGUAAUAGUAUGUUUGUAUGUUAAAAUUGAUUGUAUACUUUUAAAUUGGAGUAAUUAAGUUUUAAAAUGAAUCUAAAUCGAAUUGGGUAAUAAAUGUAAUAAAUUAUUAAACAAAAACGAAUUUAUAUUAGUCAAACGUUGUAAAGGG